AUGCAACCUUACCGGCCACCGUUCCAAUCGCCACAAAAAGACUCGCAAUUCUCCCGAGACACACAACAACAGCAAGGACAAAAUUGGACAACAGAAGCUUCGUCAUUUCAAUAUUACACGCAAAAUUACAUUAAUUAUCCACAACGACCUGGCUUUCCUGGUCCAAAUUUGCGUCAGCAAAUUAAUAUAAAUCAGCACACCCCUUAUCCUAUCACAACAAGCACCAAUACAGCAAGUGCGACUACAUUUGAAGACCCGAAUCAACAAAGUAUAUAUUCUUUCCCUGGUGACAAUUAUUCCCAGUUUGAUUCUCAACACGCAUUUGUGAGACCGUCUCUUCCUCAAACGACAUUUAACUUUCAGCACGAAGCGCCACCCGGCGUUUCAUUGGAGAGUUCUUUACAUAAAAACGAACAGAACUCUAGUGCGGAACAGCUGUGGCUUAAGUCGUGGUUAAAGUCACAUAAUAUUCAGUUUCAAGAAAAAUCAUUCAAGCUACCGAGAAUUAGUGAUGCGCGAAAGAAAGUGCUUCGUGUUCAAGCACUUAGGAAAGAAUUAGGUGAACAACUGGAAAAAUUGAAAACUGCAAAAGGUUCGGCUAACGAAAAAGAAUGGGAGUUGAUGGUGUCCAAUAUCGAGAAAAUCAAGUCGGAAUAUGAAACGAAUAUGAAUGAGAUCUUAAAUGAGGAAUUUCAAAUUAAAUUGAAGCAGAAAAUAUCAAAGAUACAACGUCAUAAAAAAUGGCAAAAGCAGCAUAUCAAAAAAUUACAAAAUGUUCGUGACGAACGCAGACGGCGCCGCGAGACACUACACAAAACAAUCGAUGAAUGGCGAACAGAAUGGAUUGCAAAAGAAUUAGCAUUUAAAAGAGAACAAGCUCGCAAAGAAAAUGCUGAAAAGCGUGUUGAGGAAGCCGAAGCGAAUAAAAAUAGACAUAAAGAGAUGUCAAAGCUUCUUGAAAAAGUGAAAAAACUUCGAGAUUUACGUCGGGAAAGACUCAAAAGAGAAGGUCAUUUUUUUCCGGAGGAGGAUAAUGAAUUUUUCAACAAAGUUGCCUCAUUAAAUGAUGCAAUGAAAAUUGAAGAGGAACGACUUGAAAGGGAAAGAAACGCGGCCGCUGAACAGAAACGCAAAGAAGCGAUGGAUGCAGGAAUGAAGGAACGUGAGCGAGAACGUGAUCCUUUAUAUGAAUAUUGGCACCAAGCUGAAUUCGAUUUGGAUAAUCUUGUAUCCAUCAGACGUCAAUGGGAUGCAUAUAUUGUCCCACCAGGUACACAAGGCGCAUCCCGUAUUCCACCAAGAUUUGUUACUCCUGCCCCUCCAGCUAAUUACAUCUGGGCAUCUUGUCUCACUCAUGGAAAUUCUUGA